UCUUUUCCACUUUUCCAGCAUUAGCCUCUUAAGUGCUGAACUUACAGGUGUGUCCAUCCUACCCUUUCUUUUCUUGCCCCAGAGACCUGUGGUGUUAACUACUUACUGCAGAGCAUUCCUCUCACAGGGCCUAUAGGCUCCAGAGUAGUGUGUUCAGGGCCAGACUCAAAAGACUGAGGAGCAGUACUGGCUUUGUCCUGCUCCGAGUCACUGAGCCCUUGUCUCCUUCCAGAUGCCCCAUCGCUCCCCUUUGGGGGCUGGGAGAAGCAGCGCAUCCUGGCCUGAAGCAGGAAGGCUGGAACUUCAGCUCUCCCACCUUAAAGCUGUGUCUCUCCCACCCUAAGCUCUAAGUGGGGAAGUCUCAUCUGUCAGGUGGGAGACCUGGGCCCCUUUAGGUCCUGUGGGGACAUGAACCCCGGGAGAAGGGGUCAUGUACUCUAGGUGCCCUGGGGUCCUGGGCUUUGGGGCCCUGAAUGAGGAGACCUGGCUUGAUGAAGUGGGAAGGGGAUGCUUUGCCUCCAAGCCCCGUGCAGUGGCAUCAGGGAACUCAUUCCCAGCUGUCCAUCCUUUCUGCAGGGAGAGGAAGCUGAGGCCCUGGAAGGGGCAGGGAUGCUACUAGGGUCCUUUAGGGAGCCGAGGCAGGACAGAUGGGGUAGGCUGGGUGGGGCUGGACAGGCUUCAGCUGUUUCCAGCUGCUGCAGAUGUGUUUCCCUCCUGGGCUGCUGUGCAGCCUGUUUUCCCUGGGGAUAGAGGCAGGAGCCAACUCACUGCGAGAGAGUUAGAUCUGGCACCCCCUUGACCUCGGACUCCACAUCAAUGAGUCUUGCCAACAUUCCACUGACCCCCGAGACCCAACGGGACCAGGAAAGGCGGAUCCGGCGGGAGAUCGCCAACAGCAACGAGCGGAGACGCAUGCAGAGCAUCAACGCUGGCUUCCAGUCCCUCAAGACCCUCAUUCCCCACACAGAUGGAGAGAAACUCAGCAAGGCAGCCAUUCUCCAGCAGACGGCAGAAUACAUCUUCUCUCUCGAGCAGGAGAAGACUAGACUCCUGCAGCAGAAUACACAGCUCAAGCGCUUCAUCCAGGAGCUGAGUGGCUCAUCCCCCAAGCGGCGUCGGGCAGAAGACAAGGAUGAGGGCAUUGGCUCACCUGACAUCUGGGAGGACGAGAAGGCUGAGGACCUUAGGAGGGAGAUGAUUGAGCUUCGGCAGCAGCUGGACAAGGAGCGCUCUGUGCGGAUGAUGCUGGAGGAGCAGGUGCGCUCCCUUGAGGCCCACAUGUACCCGGAAAAACUCAAGGUGAUUGCACAGCAGGUGCAGCUGCAGCAGCAGCAGGAGCAGGUGCGGCUGUUGCACCAGGAGAAGCUGGAGCGGGAACAGCAGCACCUGCGGACGCAGCUUCUGCCUCCUCCAGCCCCGACCCACCACCCCACAGUGAUCGUGCCUGCACCGGCCCCACCUUCUUCACACCACAUCAAUGUUGUCACCAUGGGUCCCUCCUCAGUCAUCAAUUCUGUUUCUACAUCCCGGCAAAAUCUGGACACCAUUGUGCAGGCAAUCCAGCACAUUGAGGGCACCCAGGACAAGCAGGAGCUGGAGGAGGAACAGAGACGAGCGGUUAUUGUCAAGUCUGUCCGCAGCUGCCCAGAGGCUCACACCUCAGAUACCGCCUCAGACUCCGAGGCCUCGGACAGCGACGCCAUGGACCAGAGCCGGGAGGAGCCUUUGGGGGACGGGGAGCUUCCCUGACCACCCCCCAGCCCUCCUCUCCCUCCUGGGGGCUAGAGGGGGCGGGGUAACAACAGGGAGAAACAUGGGUGAAUGAGUGAGAAAUUUUUACAAAAUUAUGAUGUCAUUUGGGUCUCUUUUAUGACCUCUUUCUCAAUACUGUAAGUCGACCUUUGAUCGAAGCCACCCAAGCCCAGGUCCCGGGGCUGGGGUGGUGGUAUAGCACGCGUGGGAGCAUCGGGACUCCAGGGCUGGGCCUCGGCCCUGGGGCCGGGGAAGCUGACACUGAGGUGCCGGGCCUCUCUCCGCCAAAAAGCUUUUUUGUUUGUUUGUUUGUUUUCAUUUAAACGUGUUUUUAAGAACAGGGAACAUCAAACAAAACCCCAAGGUAUUUCCUCCCUCCCCAGAGCCAGCCCGAGACUGACAGUCUUCAGCCCCAUCCCUCCUCUGUUUGGUUUUCUUUUUUCUCUUUGAAGCACUUACAUGGGUUGGGGGUCAGGCUGGGUUGGGGCUUUCUGGGGACCCGGGGGUCUACAUUGUUUCUCGGUUGGGGUUUGCUGCUGCCAUUGCCCCCCCCCCAGCACCCGAAUUGGCCACUCUCCACUACCACCUUUCUUUCCCUCCAGGGUUCCCAUCAUUGACCCCAAAAAUGUCUUUGUCUCUCUUUUUGUUUUGUUCGUUGUUGGUUUUAUUUUGG